AUGCUAGCUAUAUUAUUUUUAUUUCUAUUUUUCACUUCAUUUUCUUCCGGAUAUGAAAUUCAUGUUCAAUAUUUUAGGGUAACAAACUAUUUGAAGAUGUUGUUUUAGACACUUGAAUUUUUAGCAACCAAAAGAAUACGCUUAUUUCAAAUUGACAAACGGAAAUGACACUGAAUGGUCAACUUAUGUUCAUAUGAACCGAGAAGUAAAUUUGAGAGAGGAAGAGAUUUUGGAAUUAAUUAAACCGCUUUAUGACGGACCACCGAAGACAUUGAACUUUGAUUCGAAUUCUAUCACAAGACAUAUAGGAACACAAUUUGCAUAUAUUCUUACAAAAUACACCGUGGAAUCAAUGAUUUUCGUAAGUUAUCUUCGUAAUUUUUCAAGUCAAAAAUUCCACAUAAAUUUUUUAAACUCUUAAAAACAGGUUUAAAGAAUAAUGAAAAAUAGGUCAAUUGCUGAAAGUCGUCUCAAGUUUGAAAAUCUCUAAAUCUGAAUAAACCUGGCCUUAUUCCGUUAAAAUAUCCUCAAUUUCCAGGAAAACCUGUGCAGCCAAAUGAAGCCAAAAUUCUCCAAACUUCUAGCCCAUUCCGAGCAGAAACCGAAGAAAAUAAAAUUCGUCAUUGAACAUCCCAGUUCCUCCUUCACAAUUCCCGACGAUUUUCAAGUUCAGGGAAUUGGAAGCGAAGAGUUCAGACUGGAUGUUUUGGGAAAGGCUUCGCUUACAACUUUCAACUUUGAUGCAGAUGCAAUUCAAUCGGUAUAUAACUUUAAAACUUUCUUUUUCUAUUAUGAGAGAAUCUGGCAUUUUUACAGACCAAAAAACUAGUCAUCAAGCAAUCUACUGAUUUCCCAUAUAUUUUCGACUACUCAACUUUGGCUAAGCUCCGAUCUCCUGAUGUGAUUCUAGAAGGUCCUGCUAAUCUAACCAAGGAACAUCUCCACAAUUUGGUCCAGGUGAGUUGAACAAUUUGGAACCUCCAAAAAAAAAAAUGUUUUUAGCUCUGGAACCUUGCCAAGUUCAGAAUCUCAAAAUGGGAAGUUCAAUUGAAAGACGAGGUUGAGACUUCAACAUCUGUCUCUGAUCUUUUCGAUGGUUCAAAAAUCAAGAUUCAGAUCGAAAAUGGUUGGACAACAAUUACACGUGUCUAA